AUGCCCACUCUGCUUCAAACAGCUCCAAUGCCUGAGUCUGAACCAUCACGGUCUUCUUUGGUUUUCGCUUACUACGUUACUGGUCAUGGCUUUGGCCACGCCACUCGUGUUGUUGAGGUGGUUCGGCAUCUGAUCUCGUCUGGACAUCGAGUUUAUGUUGUCUCUGCUGCUCCAGAGUUUGUUUUCACCACGGAGAUUCACUCUCCAAAUCUUUUUAUCCGACAUGUAUUAUUGGACAGUGGAUCUGUACAAUCCGAUGCUUUAACCGUGGAUCGUCGUGCUUCCUUGGAGAAGUAUUGCGAGAUUGCCGUUGAACCCCGUGACGCUAUCUUAGCCACAGAGGUUGAGUGGCUUAAGUCAAUCAAAGCCAACCUUGUGGUCUCAGAUGUUGUCCCCAUCGCUUGCCGUGCUGCAGCAAAUGCCGGAGUUCGCUCUGUUUGCGUCGCCAACUUCAGUUGGGACUUCAUAUAUGCAGAAUAUGUUAUGGCAGCAGGACAUCAUCAUCAGUCCAUUGUUUGGCAGAUAGCUGAGGAUUAUUCGCACUGCGAGUUUCUGAUUCGCCUACCUGGACACUGUCCUAUGCCUGCUUUCCAUGAUGUUAUUGAUAUUCCCCUUGUUGUGAGGCCAUUGCAUAAAUCUAGAGAAGAGGUUAGGAGAGAACUUGGAGUUCCAGACAAUGUGAAACUACUAAUCUUUAACUUCGGUGGGCAACCAACUGGUUGGAAACUGAAGGAAGAAUAUCUACCAGCUGGUUGGCUAUGUCUGUAUUACCAAGGAGGAGUUGAAAUGAUCAGAAGAGAUCUUCUUGCUGGAUGUUGGGCGCCUUAUCUUGAGCGUGCUGUUACAUUGAAACCGUGUUACGACGGAGGCAUUGAUGGUGGCGAGGUAGCGGCUAAAAUACUGCAGGACACAGCUAUGGGAAAGAAACGUUCUAAGCUCAAUCUUAGUGGGGCGAGGAGACUCCGGGAUGCAAUAAUAUUAGGCUUCCAGCUACAGAGAGCUCCAGGGAGAGAUCUUUCAGUGCCAGAAUGGUAUCAAGUCGCUGGAGACGAAGCUGUGACUCCUCCAGUUGAUCAGACUCAGAAAUCCUCUAAGUUUGUAGAAGGCUUUGAAAUUCUUCAUGGAGAUCACCAUGGCCUCAUAGACACAAUCAGUUUCUUGGAUAGUUUGGCCACGUUAGCUAAAAUAGAAGGGCAUCAUCAAGAAAGGGAGCAUUUAGCAGCAGCAGCACUUUUCAACUGGGAGGAGGAUAUUGUUGUUGCGAGAGCACCUGGUAGACUUGAUGUAAUGGGAGGCAUUGCUGAUUACUCUGGAAGUCUUGUCUUGCUGAUGCCGACGAGAGAGGCUUGCCAUGCAGCUGUCCAGAGGAAUCACCCUAGCAAACAGAAACUAUGGAAGCACGCUGAAGCAAGACAUCAUUCAAGAGACACUCCUAUUCUUGAAAUUGUUUCAUUUGGAUCAGAGUUGAGCAACAGAGGACCAACUUUUGAUAUGGACUUGUCUGAUUUUAUGGAAGAAGAUGGCAAACCAAUUACCUAUGAGAAAGCUUACCAUUACUUUUCCAAGGAUCCAUCUCAGAAGUGGGCAGCCUAUGUUGCAGGUACUAUUCUGGUACUAAUGAGAGAGAUGAACGUUCGUUUUGAAGAUAGCAUUAGCAUACUGGUUUCUUCAACGGUUCCUGAAGGCAAAGGAGUAUCUUCCUCUGCAUCAGUUGAAGUUGCUACAAUGUCUGCUAUCGCUGCUGCUCAUGGUCUUGAGAUAUCUCCGCGAGACGUGGCUUUGCUUUGCCAAAAGGUGGAGAAUUAUGUUGUUGGAGCACCUUGUGGAGUGAUGGAUCAAAUGGCUUCUGCUUGUGGAGAAGCUAACAAGCUUCUUGCUAUGAUCUGUCAGCCUGCUGAGAUACUAGGACUUGUUGAAAUACCUUCUCACAUUCGCUUCUGGGGAAUCGAUUCCGGAAUACGCCACAGUGUCGGUGGUUCAGACUAUGGUUCUGUGAGGAUAGGAGCUUUUAUUGGUAAAACAAUGAUAAGAUCUUUUGCAUCUUCUCUAUCUGUCUCUGAAACCAACUCAGGAGAGGCUGAAGAGGAGAGCUCAGAGUUGAUUGAAUACGAUGCUUCUUUGGAUUACUUAUGCAACCUUUCACCUCAUAGAUUUCAAGCUCUAUAUGCAAGUAAGCUCCCACAGUCUAUCACAGGAGAAGAAUUUAUGGAAAAGUAUGGUGACCAUGGUGAUUCUGUCACAACCAUUGAUAGGAAAGGUACUUACCACAUAAUGGCGCCGACUAAACAUCCAAUCUAUGAAAACUUCCGUGUCCAGGCUUUCAAAGCAUUGUUGACAGCAACUCCUUCAGAAGAACAGGUCAUUGGUCUAGGGGAGCUUAUGUACCAGUGCCAUGAUAGCUACAGCGCGUGUGGGCUUGGCUCUGAUGGUACAGACAGAUUAGUGAGAUUAGUACAGAAAAUGGAGAAGUUGAAGCAUUCUAAAACCGAGAACGGAACUCUCUAUGGUGCCAAGAUCACAGGAGGUGGUAGCGGUGGAACGGUUUGCGUUAUUGGAAGGAGCAGUCUGAGAAGCAGUGAACAGAUUCUUGAGAUACAGAGAAAGUACAAGGAAGCAACAGGGUUUAUGCCGUAUGUGUUUGAAGGAUCAUCUCCUGGAGCUGGCAAGUUUGGAUAUCUGAAGAUACGCAAGAACUCUGCUCCUUCUACUUAA